AUGGAUACUGAUUCUUCACGUUUCUUCCAAGUCUUCAAUGAAGUGAAAAAUCUGGAGCUGAGCAAGCUGAGUUUCAAGGGAAGAACAGAGUCGACAAAGGAAUCUUAUGAUUGCUUUCCUUCGGAUAUUCCUGUCACUAGAGAGCAGAUGAAUCGAUAUCGGGCUGCAGCUGAAACUGCUCAGAGUGAACUUGCAGCACUUUUGGUGAAGUAUGAUUGUGCCCAGUCAGAGCUUCUUGAACUCAGAUCCAAAAUGGUCUCUAAAGAAGCCUCUUUUCAAGAGCUGAAGGCUGAAGCUGAAAGCUACAAGGAAAACAACGCUAGACAGACUUCUCUACUUAUGUCUUUGCAAACCCGAAUUCAAGAGAUGGAGGAAGAAUUAAGUGUGCUCGCCACUUCUAAAAAGCAAACUGAGUUGAGAGCUCAGGAAGUAUUCAAGGAGAGUUGGGAGCUGAAGGAGAAGCUUCAUGAGCAAAAUGCUGAACUUCAUAAAUGUUUGAAUGAGCGUGAAGAAAGUAAGACUGAAGCUUUGAAGAUUAGCAGAAAACAUGAGGAGCUGCUAGUACAGCUUUCUGAAUUCUUGGACACGGACAUCAGAGAAAAAGAGGAAGCUGAAGAACAUUUAAUUUUAAAGGCCUGUGAAAUAUGUAAAGAAAAUACGACACUAAAAAGCCAGAUUGCUGUUCUUCAAGAAGCCAUCAGUGCCCAUGAGAUGGAGUCCAAGGCUAACAGAGAAACUAUCAUGAGGCUUGUUUCAGAAAUGACCAAAGAGCAGAAAAAGGCAGCAGGAUACUGUCAAGACAUGGAAAAACUUAGUAAGGAUCUUGACAAUGCCGUAAUAGCAAGACAGAGUUUGGAGACUGAGAUCAGUACCCUCCAAGACAAACUGACGGCUAGCCAGAAAGCUUGGGAAGCCUCAAAGGAAGAACUGCACAAUCUGAAGAGAUCUUCCAGCGAGCUAGAUGGAAGUUUGAAGAACAGCCUAGAAGAGGCCAAGACUGCUCAAAACUCUUUGGUUUCUUUUAAAGAGCAAAUUGCUACCCUACUCAGCAGUAGAUCUGCAAUGGUUAAAUCUUCUGAGAAGGCCAUUUUGGAGAGGAUCCGAGAAAUAAACUGCAAAGAGGAGAGUAAAGAAAUAAUGGUAUCUCAGCUUGAAAAUCAAAUAGCUAAAUUGACUGAAGCUUUGGAAAAUCAGACCACAUCGUACCAGGAAGCUCUGGAGAGGAGCAAGAAAGCUGAGAAACUAUCUGAGACUUUCCAAGAUGAACUGAAACAUUUGGAAGAAGAAUUGCUGUCCAGAGAUAUGAUGCAAGAUGGUUUGAAGCUUGAGAAACAAAAGUAUCUGAAGUUUCUGGAACAACUUAAUGAGAAGAUGAAGCUGGAUAGUAUAGCAGCGGAGGUUGGAUUUGAUAUGAAUGUGGAUGCAAUUCUAGCUCGGGUAGAACAGUUAGUGAAACUGGAAGGUGAUGCAGUGAUUGAAAAUAAGACUAUGGCAUAUAGCCUAAGAAGGAAGUUGAAGACUCAGAAAGAAAAACUUGAAAGUAAAGAGUUGCACAUGAACCUUCUGCGGCAAAAAAUCUCCCAGCUGGAAGAAGAAAAGCAAGUAAGGACAGUCUUAGCUGUGGAGCGGGAUGAGGCCAAUCUCACCAUCAGAAAGUUACAUAAAGUGAUAGAGAGGUUACAGCAGCAGCUUGAUCUGGCAAAGGAAACUAAUACUGAUCUCAAAGCUAAGCUGUCUGAAACUAAUGAACUUAAGAUCAAAACUCUGGAGCAGAACAGAACAAUAGAAGAACUUAGUAAGUCCCAAGGCAAAUUACAAAGAAUGAAAGAAAAGGCUGAGAAACAACUUACCUCUGUCAAAUCAGAACUUCACUUAAAGGAACAUAAAUCUAAUGACGAUAAAGAAAAGGCCAAAAUUAUGUUAGAAGCAGUUACCAGUGAAAUGAAGGUGCUUAAAACAACCCUUACAGAAGUAGCAAAGAGAGAGAGACAGCUGGCAGACUUCCGAGAGGUGGUCUCACGGAUGCUAGGCCUCGAUAUUACCAGCCUAGCUCUUCCUGACUAUGAAAUCAUCACACGUCUUGAAGGGUUGAUUCAGUCUCAUCACCACCAUUUUUUCCCCUGUGUCUGCCUCAAAGAUACAGCAAAGAUGCAAGAUGAACACUCGCAAAGAAACAUACAGCUUCUUCACUGAAAUACACAUUUUGCAAGGAACCAGGACCAAGUGAAAUUUUCUUUUCUUUUCUUUUCUUUUUCU